AUGGGACCUUCCAUUCCUGUCUCUUAUGGCUCGACAUCUGGGCAUCCAGGAGCCUUUCCCGUCGGGCCAGCCAGCACAUACGGAGAACGUAACACCUACCGCUCAGGAGGAACCUUGCCUCUAUCUGGACACCAAGGAUCGGUUACGGAUGGGCAAACGCAGGUUUCGCGACCGAAUAGUUCACGCGGAGAACUUCAGAUCCGCUUCGCAGCGGGAAACGUCGAUGUAGAAUAUGAGGGGCCAUCGGAUGGGGAGUCGUUGGAUGAGGCGUCAUCGGAUGGGCAGUCGUUGGAUGAGGAGGAGUCGGAUUGGGAGUCAUCAGAUGGGGAGUUCAGCGAAGAAAAUGGAACGGAUGGGGACGUCUCGGAUUUGUCGGGCUCUGAGGUAUGGACGGUCGUUGACGACGAUGAAGAGUGGAAUAAUCUGAGCGACGACGACGACGACGACGAGUGA